UGUGACCUGUGUCUCUCUCUAUUAUGACAUUCAAAACUAAAGUGGCAGUUAUUUUAAAGUUUAUAACAAGAGUAAAACCCCAUAUUAAAAACCUAUUAUUAUAAAUUAUAAAAUAAAUAUAAUUAUACUAUAAUGAACUCACCACUUCAUGUCGAGGUUUUACAGAAACGAGAAAGUCUUGCAAGUAAGGACUAUAUCAAAGAAAUUGUUCAUUCUUAUUUAGCAAAUUUUAAUACGUUAAAUCCUGGUGUUACGCUUAAAAUCAAUGAAUUAGAAGAAAAUAAAAGUAUCAAAGAUCACGUAGAAUCUAUAACAUUGUGUGACGAUGAACAUGUUUCAGAAGUGGCUAUUACAGAAUGCGAGUUCGUAUACCAUGUUUAUAAGUUUGACAUUUUCGGUGUAGAGACCGACACUAUGACGGAUGCUGCAUCUGGUGAAGAAAUAGCGGCUGCUGAUAUUUGGGCGCUGCCAACCGAAGAAUUUCAUGGCUUGUGGGAAAGUCUCAUAUACGAUUCAAAACUCAAAGAAGAGACAUUACGUUUUGUGGAAACUGCUUUUGAAUUUGCUGAUCGCAGGGUGGACCCGAAUAUUAUUAGUUGGAAUCGAGUAGUAUUACUACAUGGACCCCCGGGUACUGGUAAAACCAGUUUUUGUCGUGCUCUUGCCCAGAAACUGGCUGUACGCUUAGGUGACAAGUUUCCGCGCGUACGCCUUUUAGAAAUUAAUGCUCACGGUUUGUUUUCGAAAUGGUUCUCUGAAAGUGGAAAGCUCGUUGCUAAGCUAUUUGAACAUAUUCGUGAAAUUGUAGAAGAUCACAGUCUUCUUGCAUGUGUCCUCGUCGACGAAGUAGAAUCAUUAGCGCACGCGCGUCGUUCGGCGCUGGCGGGCCUGGAACCGUCAGACUCUAUACGUGCAGUGAACGCUAUAUUAACUCAACUAGAUAGACUCAAGAGACACCCAAACGCACUGGUCCUGACCACUUCUAACGUGACAGGGGCGAUCGACCUCGCAUUCGUCGAUCGAGCCGACAUAAAGCGACGCAUUGGUCCGCCUUCGGAACGUGCCGCUUAUGAAAUCCUACGGGGUUGUUGCGAUGAAAUGAUGGCUCGCGGCGUGGUCUCGCCCCGGGAGCAAUUGUUCGCGCUUCGCAUCCUGGAAGCGGUGCGCUUCGCGGAUACGGAAGGGUCGCGCGCCUCGUUGCGGCUGUGGGCCGUGGCGCGCGAGGCGGCGGCGGCGCAAGUCUCGGGCCGCGCUAUGCGCCGCCUGCCGUUCCUCGCGCGAGCACUGCACACUCGUGGUAAGCCAUCCCUUGCUCAGUUCAUAGAUGCAUUACAGACUGCUUUACAACAACAACUGAGUGAUGCCAGAGAACUAAAAGAUGAUUCUCUCUUACCAAAUUGUAUUUCAUGUAAUCACUGAUUAUGAUGAAAUGAAAUUAAGGGUGCAAUCUGUGCUUUGAUUUUUUGUGAUAUUAUUAAAUACCAUAUUUAGCUAGUGUUAUUAGCAUUAAUUUAAAACAAUGUAAAACACUAUUUUGUUAGUUAAUAAGCAUAAUGUUUUUAUUUGUAGAAUUAUAUUUGAA